CCCAGCUUUGUGCUUUGUGCCCACCCUAUUCUCCUGUGCCCAGCACGGCGUCUCUGGUUAAGAGGAACUCGGGGGUUCUGCAAACAUGCCAGCGCCCCAAAAACGAAUCAGAUUCCGGGACAGGAAUAAUGUUCUGGCCAGGCCGGAGUUUAUAUCUCUUAACCAACCCAUAGGUGCUCCACAAGAAGCCAGGAACUCCAGCAAGAAGCCAAGUGGGCAAGCUGGUGGCAACUCCAGCGAGAAUGCCAGGGAGCGGCGGCAAAGCCAGCAGCUUCCAGAAGAGGACUGCAUGCAGCUGAACCCGUCAUUUAAAGGCAUCGCCUGGAACUCUCUCAUGGCCAUUGACAUCUGCUUGUCGAAACGUCUGGGUGUCUGUGCCAAUAGCACCUCUUCGUGGGGAGGUGCUAGAUCCAUGGUUAGGCUGAUUGGCAUAACCAGUCAUGGCUUUCCCUGGAUUGGGGGGACCCUGUUGUGCCUAUGGAAGAGUAGCACCCUGGCAGGGCAAGAAGUGCUGAUGAACCUUCUUCUAGCUCUGAUGCUGGACAUCUUGACAGUGGCCGGAGUGCAGAAGCUCAUUAAGAGACGUGGGCCCUAUGAGAUGACCCCUGGAGUUCUAGACUACUUGGUCCUUGACAUCUAUGCUUUUCCUGCAGGACACGCUAGUCGAGCCACCAUGGUGUCCAAGUUUUUCCUCAACCACCUAGUGCUUGCUAUCCCUCUCCGCAUCCUUUUGGUCCUGUGGGCAUUCAUUGUUGGCGUGUCCCGAAUCAUGAUUGGCCGCCAUCACAUCAGCGAUGUCAUAGUUGGGUUUAUCAUUGGCUACAUGCAGUUUAACCUUGUGGAGGUUCUAUGGCUCUCAUCCGGCACUUGCCAGAUGUUGGCUUCUCUUUGGUGAGAUGGACAUUAUAAUCGUACUGGUUGGCCAAGUGAAGAAAGUCAUCUCUGGACUCUAGAGAGACCUUGUACAGACAUAGUAGUUGAAGUUGAAAAAAGGGGCACGUCUGUCUAUAUCAGCCACAGGAAAGCACAGGAAGUGUAGAAGAAGACUGUCCUACCUAAAUCUGUAGACAUAAUAACUGUGAAGCCAUCUCCAGGCUACUGAGUUGGUUUAUUGGAGCACUUUUCAUGCAACAUUCUCUCAUUAUUAUCUGUGCUCAGGGUCAGACUGGCCUACCAAAGUACCAGAGGAUCUCCCAGUGGGUUCAAAUCCCAUCAGGACUUCCUUAGUUCUACCAUAGUACUAGAUGACCAAGCACAUUCAGCAUGGUUUAUAUCUAAUUGUUUAUAUCUAAUUGUGGGUCCUCAGUGUUAGGUUCUCUGGUGGGCACUAGGAGACACAAAAAUUAAAAUGAAAGAUAUUAGGUU